UUAGAUGAUUUUUGGUGAUUUGCGUAUGUGUAUAAUUAAUUAAGUAGGAUAAUUAGCUUUGUGCGUAACGUAUGCGAAAUAAUGUUUUGCGUAGUUAAUAUAUUAUAAGUAAAGACCGGCUUGUGUAUUUGACGCCAUGUUUAAGGACCCAGCCCUUAACAUUAUUUAUAUUUUGCCAUGUAUCCUAUCAAUAAUUUAUAUUUCGACAAUAAGCUGCGAGGAAUAUACUCAAUCAGUCAAAAUUACGGUAACACCGGUAAAAGUAGGAUUGAAUUCGACAAUUGUUUGCAUAUACAAUGCUCCGGAUGUUACACCUACAUGGGAAUUCAAUGGGGUGAACAUAUCUGAUAAUGAAAGGUAUAACUUUCUACAAGAAAUUGAAGAAAACUCUAUAACAUCAAGCCUUCACAUCCACAAUAUCACCCACGCUGACUCGGGAAAUUAUACUUGCACAGUUGCAAUUGAUGAUCAAGUUUUAAGGAAGCAUGCAACAUUAGAUGUUUACUCACCAAUAGUUACUGUAUCUAAAUCUAACAAGCUAAAAUCAAAUGUUGAUGGUGAACAUAUGUUGUAUUGUUUAUUUGAAGGUUUUCCAUUUGGAAAAUUUUAUUGGUUAAGGGGCAAUGAUUCUACGACAAUAUCUUUGCUGAAAGAAAAAAGUAACAUUACUUAUAUUAAUAAUGCAACAAGGGCGAAUUUGACCUUACAUUUGGGUGCAAUUAGUAGGAAGGAUAAUGGCUCUUAUUAUUGUAUUGCAGAGGAUGCCUUUGGUCAUAUACAUAAUGAUUCUGUUAUUGUACUGGUGCUGGAAAAGCCACAAGUUAGCAUAGACUUUGUCAAAGCAGUUGGUGCUGAUAAAAUCUAUAUGAAUUGGACUCUCAAUGAUGGGAAUGAUCCAGUUACAGAAUAUUUUGUACAAUACAUGGAAGAAGGUACUGGGUCUUACACUUUUUAUAAUGAAAAAAUACAUGGAGGCAAUUAUUCAUUUGUAUUGAAAAAUUUAAAGCCAAAUACUGAAUAUAAGCUGCAAAUGGCUGCAUCGAACAAGCUAGGUAUAGGGCAAUAUCAUAAAUAUGCUUAUCUUGUAAGGACUCUUAAAAAAGAUCCUAAUUUCAUUCCUAAAAUAGAGGUAAAAGGUAAUACAUUUAAUACCAUAACCAUUGGGUGGACUGCCCCACCUACAGAAUUACUGGAACAUAUACAUUAUUAUGAACUACUCGCUCAAGAAUACAAUUCAACUGAUAAGAAGGAAGUUUUACAACCUGAAGAUUCUCGUAACUUGCCUUAUAUGUUUGCAGAAUUGAAAACGGCCACAAUGUAUUAUUUUAAAGCUCGCGCUUGUAGUGAUUACACACAUUUGUGUGGCAAUUGGUCUGAGAUUGUAAAUGGGACUACUAUGGAUGGUCUCUCGGGUCCUCCACAAAAUGUCACUGUUAUUUGCCAUUUUGACAAUAUUAGUCAUUUAACUUUUGUUAAUGUUAGCUGGGGACCACCAUUAAAUAAAAAUGGUAAAAUCACACACUAUAAUGUGAUUCUGGAAGGUCAUGCCACUUACAAAACAAAUCGCGGAUUGCAAACCAAUGAAACAUUGACACCCAAGAUGAAAAGCAUAGCUGAUACAUCCUACAAUGCACGAUUUGAUAUGAUUCCUGCAAACACUAAUUACACAGUACAUGUGGCCGGUGUAACUAGGACCAAAAAACCAGGUGAAAAGACUACAAAAACCUGCACCAUGCCACCUACAAUUCCAAAUAAAGAUGAUUUUCUAAGAUUGAGCUGGGGAAAGGUUGAAGAACAUGGCAACUGGAUGUUCAAAUUAGACCUACCCAGAGUGUCAGAGAGAAAUGGUCGCAUAUGCUGCUAUAGAAUAUUCAUCAUUCGUAUGGUGAACCAUCAAACAAUAUCUGAUUUACCUAGACCUGAAGAUUUGUCGAUAUCAACUUAUGAAGCAGUACAUAAGAAUCCAUCAGGAGGUGUCUAUGUAGCAGAAAUGUUCACAAGCGACAUGCUGAACAAUGAAGUAUUUUUAGGCGAUGGGCGAACUGUUAAUUCAAGUGUGGCUGCUUGCCAACAAUGCAUAGGAUUGAAGCAAAAGAGAAUUAAUUCAAUUCCAUCUUUGACAAUAAAAGAUACAAAAGAUGUGCCUGCUAUAAUACCAUCUUUGGCAGCCGUGCCAACACUGAAUUUCACUGCUACUGCAGUACCUGCUAUGGAAAUGGAUAAAAAAACAUUGAAGCUUUUGUCGAGGCGAAGAAGAGAUCUUGGCCCUGAGCAAUUGCAUCCUCCAAUUAUAUUUGAUGGGCAACUUGAUUCUCAGAGUAACUAUUCAGGAUUUGUUGAAAUCAUGGUGUAUGGUUCCAAACCAGGUCUAGUUAUACCUGCUUAUAGUGACUACUUUGUUUUAUUAAAUCCUGGACCAGAAUUUCCUUUUGCACCAGGAGCAUUUGACAUACUUGGAGUUGUGAUACAACUUUUCUGUGGGUUGAUUUUAGUUGUUUUGUUCCUUUUAUUGUCACUUUGUUUGCUGCAUAGAUAUACUAAACAAGUCGCUCAAGCACAAGGAGUAGAAAUGAUGACAUUAAGAAAUUCGUUCAGUCUUGUUUCCAGACAUCUUUGUAGAAGUUUAAGAGGACGUCAUCAACUAGUGUCCUUAAGCCCUCCUGAUAUGGUACCCAUACAGAAAGAUGAUUUGCUGAAUGCAUACAUGGAACGGCAUAAAGAUUCAGAUUAUGGUUUUCAACAUGAAUUUGAGUUGCUUCCUGAUCGUUUUCCGGACCGUACAACAAGGGCAUCAGAGGCUCGUGAGAACUUAUACAAGAAUAGAUACCCAGACAUUAAAGCAUAUGAUCAAACAAGAGUAAAGCUUGCUCAAAUUGAUUCUGUAACAGGCUCUGAUUACAUUAAUGCAAACUUUGUGAUGGGGUAUAAAGAGCGAAAGAAAUUUAUCUGUGCACAAGGUCCUAUGGAAAAUACAGUGAAUGACUUCUGGAGAAUGAUAUGGGAACAGCAUUUAGAACUGAUUUUGAUGUUGACCAAUUUAGAAGAGUAUAGUAAAACAAAAUGCGCAAAGUAUUGGCCAGAAAAAACUGAUGGAGACAAAAUAUAUGGAGAUAUUACUGUAGCACAUAUUCAAGAGACAAGAUAUUCAGAUUAUAUUGUUCGUGAAUUGAAAGUAUCCAGAAAUAUAUCAGGGAGAGAAGUUGAUGAACGUAAUAUUUUCCAAUAUCAUUUCUUGGUUUGGAAGGAUUUUAUGGCCCCAGAACAUCCGCAUGGAAUAUUGAAAUUCAUUAAAAGAAUGAAUGAGGCAUAUUCUUUUGAGCAUGGGCCUAUUUUGAUACAUUGCAGUGCUGGUGUAGGUAGAACAGGCACUUUAGUUGCAUUAGAUAAUUUGUUGCAACAACUCAAAGAAGAAGGACAAGUUGCUAUUUUCAACACAGUUUGUGAUAUGAGACACCAAAGAAAUUUCCUUGUACAAUCACUGAAACAAUACAUAUUUGUUUAUCGCACUUUAAUGGAAGUAGGGCAGUAUGGUGACACCGAAAUUCCAGCGAAUAAAUUGAAGUCUACUAUUGAUAAGUUGAGAAGUAAAGAAAAUGAUAAAGACAGAUGCAAACUAGAUGAAGAGUUUGAUAAAUUCAAGAUGAUCAUGGAAGACCGCAAACCAUAUUCUGUAGGCAUAGGAGAAGAAAAUAUAAUGAAAAACAGAUCUGAAGAAAUUAUACCUUAUGAUAGAAAUCGUGUAAUUUUGACACCUAUAUGUGGAAGAGAGCAUUCAACAUAUAUAAAUGCCUCAUUUAUAGAAGGAUAUGACAAUACAGAAUCAUUCAUAGUGACGCAAGAUCCACUUGAUGACACAAUUGCAGAUUUUUGGAGAAUGAUAUCAGAACAAGGCAUAAGCACCCUUGUUAUGUUAGCAGAUUUGGGAGAAGGUCCUAGGAAAUGCCCUCGUUAUUGGCCAGAUGAUGAGAUUUUGCAUGAUCACAUCAGAGUUAAAUAUGUACAAAGUGAAAGUUGUCCAUAUCAUACUAGACGAGAAAUUAUUGUUACGAACACAAAGACUGACGAAAGCACUACAAUUACUCAACUGCACUACCAAGGGUGGCCAACGGUAGAGGGGGAAGUACCAGAGGUAACCAGGGGAUUAAUUGAAUUAGUUGAUCAAGCACAAGCUAACCAGCAGCGUGGAGCUACGGGGCCGAUAACAGUACAUUGCAGCACUGGUACUGAAAGGAGUUCGAUGUUUGUUGCAUUGAGUAUUUUAGUUCAACAACUACGGACCGAAAAAAGGGUAGAUAUAUUUACAACAACUCGUAAACUAAGAUCACAAAGACACAGUAUGCUCAGUACUUUCGCACAAUAUGAUUUCCUUCACCGAGCUAUUCUGAAUUAUGCAGAAUUGCACCAUUUAACUGAAUCAAAAAAUGAAGACUGUCAACUAAAUUCAAAUUAGAAACUAAAUAACAUUUGGUAGUAUUUUUUAUCUAUAGGAAAAAGUUUAGAAUUUUUAAGAUACUCUGCAAGAAUGUGAUUGUAGCAUUUGUAUAACAUUUCUAUUGCUAAAUACACCCGGGUGUAUUUUUUAUUUUUAU